AUGAAUUACAAUUACAAAUUCGCACAUCAAAAUCGAUUGAAACAAGCAGGUAUAUUUGGAGCGGCAGCAUUCUUUGCAAUUUUGGUAGAAGGAAUGCUCUCCAAGCGACCAAAAUACAACAAAUUUGGAGACGAACCCUUGCCACAAAUUGUUGAAUACGAACGUCAUGUGGUUCGUCCUGGAGCCAAUGUUCUUGCAGAUUUGAUGGAUUUCAGCGACACUACCUUUGAUAAGGUUCCAAAGUUUGAUUAUCGAAAUGAGGAAACUGUUUUUAAGAGUACUCUUCCACACUAG